AUGCACAACAAAAAACGUAGGGCUCGCACGGGAUGCCUGACGUGCAGGGCCCGCCGUGUCAAAUGUGACGAGCAAGUGCCAGAGUGUGUGCGAUGUGCUGUCGCCAACGUCGCUUGCGCGGGAUAUGAGCCACAGCGCGUCGUUGUGUCCAUCAAGCCCAGGCAUCAGAGCCAACAAGAGCGACAAAUCGCACCUUCACCAACCUUGUCGCCCGACCAAAAUUCGCAGCGCCAAGAUGCUGCACGUCCUCCAUUUCCAAACUUGCCUUCCAAACUGCAAAGUGUGACACAGGGGCCCGUCGUUGCCGUGCCUAGUAAUCAUUCGCCAUUAGUUGCAUUUCCCUCUGGCCCUCAUCCAGACCAGUCUCCCAGUCCCGGCGCGCGACAUGUGCUCGGAUAUCAUCAAGUCCUUAUCCGAACCAUUCCCAUGCUGUUUCCAUCGCAGCACCUGCACUUCUGGCACGACAAGCUUUUCCAGAAAGCGUGGGGUUGCAACUACCUGUAUCUGACUCUCGUGUCUUUAGGCAUCAGUCAUCGUGCAGCGUUGAUGACUGCUGCAACUAGUGACUGUGACAAAGCUAACGGUCUUGAUAUGAAAAUCACUGCUGUGCAACUUUACACCCAGGCGCUCGAAGAGCUAGCAAAGCAUUUGGAAGAAGCGAAGCAAAAACCGUCACUGCUUGUGGCUACUCUUUGUUUGAUGGCCUAUUUCGAGUCUUUCAGUGGUAACAUUCCCGCCUUUACGGGUCGCGUUCAAGCAGCCAACUACUAUUUUACGACGCUACUGCCUGUUCGCGAGGCUCCAGGCUGUGAUGAAACAUCACAAGAUAACGACUUGCCACCUUUGCGAGACUGCCUUCGAUCAUUGGGCCAAACUUGUUACGUUACUCUGCCGCUCAAUAUGAUUGACGUAACCACUGGACUACAUCUCAACAACUAUCGGUCUCGGGGAACGGGUCCAGAACACACCUCACCGACCUCGCUUGUAGCGCUCGAAAGCCUUGUCGACAUGGUCUCCGAGAGCUGCGAGAUCAAGGAGAUUGUGUGGAGCCCUUUAGCUGCUUACGCACGAUCUGUAUCCGCCCGAACCUUGAACGACUUCGAGCAAAACCUGAUUUGUUGGAGGAACAAUCAUCUAGAGCUUAUUCCCGAACUAGACACAGAUUCUGCUCUACGUGCACUACUCAUCUACGGGUGGUCACAAUUUGCUAUGCCGCCCGUACCCUAUACAGCCAUCACACGCAACAAAUCGCUCGCAGCUGCACACUACAACUUCUAUAGAGCCCGCAUCAAAUGGGCACUAGUGCUCCUGGGAGAUGACGUGCUGCGGAACAAGCCGAUAGCCGAGUUCUACUUCUACGAGGCUCUCCGCCAUGCAGCAUCUCACGCAGCUUUUCUUGUUGCUGCAGAAAAUGACCAAAAUAUCUAUAUCCCGUGCGAGGCACUUAAAGUGGGACUGCUGCCUGUACUGCACAUCAUCGGUCUCUGUAGCCCCGAGCCGCUCUGGCUGAGAUGGAUUAAGGAUUUAAGCGAUCAGAUCGUGCAGGAAGGUGUUCUCAAGGGCCAUACUUUUGCCACCAGUUUAGAUUGCCUGCACAGAUUUGAGAUGUACCGAUUCGGUCAUGACUACUCAACGACGGUAGAUCAGUAUCCAGAACCUGCGGAGCGGAUCAUCUGCCAGCUCAUUCCGGAGACGGACGGCCGCCACUUUACGUCUUUCUUUGCUGUACCUUCGGCAGCAAAUAGCCCGCGUCGCGCUGGACUAGGCGCCUACCGCGUCAUAGGCAAUGCGCGGUGGAGAUGCGGAUAUGGGGAAGGGCCGUGCACCCCAGUCAUCACCAUGUAUGGCAGCGACCACAUGAAGCUGGAACCGCUCUCGACAGAAUGGCUGUACAGUAUGCAACCUGUUUUUGAAUGGCUUUCGUGGUCUCGGGAGAAGGAAUUCCGCAUGGAACGCGCUCUUCAAGACCACAUUAGCGGGACCAGACUGCUGCUUGCCGCUGACGGCGCCAUCACUAACGGACAGGAUGACACAUAA